AAAAAAAAAGUAAUCCAUAUUUAUCUAUUUUUAUUUUUUUAAAAAAAGAAAGAAAGGAUUAUUUAUAUAUGUUUAACUUGUUUAAUAAUUCAAAAGUAGCACAAGUGUAAAUAGUAUGGUGACAGUGUCAAGUUUAACAACUGCAACACUACCUCAGUUUUCAACUCAAGAAGAGGAAGUUGAAAACAAUCAUAAAACUAUAGAAGAAGAAGAAGAAGGAGGAGAACAACAACAUAGUGGGUCAACAGAACAAAUAUUAGAUAGACUGUUAUCUAAAAUAGGUUAUGGCUUAUUCCAAAAGAAGCUAUUAGUAAGAAGAAAAUAUAUAGUAUUUUAUUUUGAUGAUAAAUAUAUACAAAAUAUUAAAAUAUUAAAAGAUUCUAUGCGGCUUCGGCUGGUUGGCAGAUAAUAUGUGGCUACAGACAAUUGUAAUUAUUCUUCCUCGUGUACAAGAACAUUAUAAUCUAUCCAAUAAAUGGAUAGGAACAUUAUCAAGCUCUCUUUUUGCUGGAAUGACAUUUGGUGCCUUCUUUUGGGGCUCAUUUUCUGAUUCAAAAGGUAGAAAAAUUCCGUACACAAUGACACUUGUUAUUACAUCUAUCUUUGGAUUGCUUUCUACUUUUACUUUCGAUUUUACUAGCUUAUGCUUUAUGCUCUUUUUUCUUGGAUUUGGUGUAGGAGGCAAUAUGCCAACUGAUGGCGCUCUCUAUCUUGAAUUUUUACCAAAAGAAUAUCACUAUUUAUUAACGUUUAUGUCUGUUUUCUUUUCGUUUGGAGCUGUACUUGCCUCUAUAAUCGGCUAUCUUAUUUUACCAAAGUGGAGUUGUCCUGAAAUUGCAAAUUCAGCAGAUCCCUGCGAUAUGAAUACAGAAAAUAAAGGAUGGCGUAUUAUGUUAUUUACUGUAUCAAUGGUUACUAUUGUAAUGCUCUUCUUAAGAUCAGUCUGGCUCAAAUUACCAGAGACUCCAAAGUUUUUAAUGAGUCAAGAUCGUCAUCAUGAAACUAUUAUUGUAUUACAAGAUAUUGCAAAGAUAAACGGUGGUCAUGUACAGAUUGAUAAAAAUGAGUUAUCUCUUGAUAAGAGAGAUAUCAGUGAUAAUCAACAGCAACAGUCAGUUGAAGAUGGCGGUGAUUUUAUGGAUUCAAGCACAAGUGUUUAUGAUGAUGAUGACUAUGAAGAUGAUGAGGAUAUCAUAGUACAUCAUGUUUUAUUACCUAAUGGGGAACUUGAUGCUGAAGAAAUUCUAAUUGAAGAACAAAAAGAAGGGAAAGGACAGAUUUUUCGAUUAUUAUUAGGACCUCAAUGGAGAUUAACUACGAUACUGAUUUGGUGUAUAUGGACAUUUACAUCUGUUUCAUUUACUAUGUUUAAUGUCUUUUUACCUAAAUAUCUUGAAACAUUUGGUUUCAAAGGAGAAGCAACUGUUCCUACAAGAAAACAGGUAUAUCGAGAUUAUAUGAUUUAUUCAUUAGCGGGUGUACCAGGCUCAGUUAUUGCAUCAUGGUUAAUUGAGACAAAAUUAGGUAGAAAGGGAACUAUGUCUACGGCUGCGUUUGGUUCUUCCUUAUCUUUAUUUUUAUUUUCGAUAAUCAAUUCCCGUAUCACGAUGGUAUUAUCUUCGUCUACAUUUUCUUUUCUGGAAACAUUAUUAUAUGCUGUUAUAUAUGGAUAUACACCUGAAGUAUUCGAUACAAAUGUAAGAGGUACAGCAGUAGGUACAGCAUCAGCACUUGGCAGAAUUGCCGGUAUUGCUAGUCCUAUUAUCACAGGUAUUUUGUUGACCAUCAGUACAUCCUUACCAUUAUAUAUCAGUGCUAUUGGGUUUUUUAUUGUCGGUUCAUGUGUUGUACUAUUACCUGUUGAAACUAGAAGAAAAGAAUAAAUACGGAUAGAUAAAAGGAAAAAAGGAAAAAAGGAACAAAAAAAAACUGCAAAUUUGAAUAUGUUUAUACAAAUGUUGCACUAUCAUAAUGUACAUAGCUAGCGUGUUUUUUUUUGGGAGGGUUAAAUAAAGGAAAAUUGCUACUAUAAUUUUUGUAUACGUAAAUAAAAUGAAUAUCUAUCAUUAUUAUACGAGCAA